AUGUCGGCAAUCCUAAAGCAGAGGGUUAGAUACCCAGCUUACUUGAAAAAGUUGAGAACAGGCGAGCAAUGUGUGGAGUUGUUCAAAAAUGGCCAGUAUCUCGGUUGGUCGGGCUUUACCGGAGUCGGUGCGCCAAAAGUUGUCCCCACUGCUUUGGUUGACCACGUUGAGAAGAACAAUUUGCAAGGCAAGUUGGCGUUUAAUUUGUUUGUUGGUGCAAGUGCUGGUCCCGAGGAAAGCAGGUGGGCUGAACACGACAUGAUUUUGACAAGGUCUCCCCAUCAAGUUGGUAAACCAAUUGCUUCAGCCAUCAACACGGGCAAAAUUCAAUUCUUUGACAAGCACUUGUCGAUGUUUCCCCAGGAUCUCACGUACGGCUACUACACCAAGAAUAAACCAAAUGGCGCCAAUUUGGAUUACACCAUUAUUGAGGCCACUGCUAUCAAGGAAGAUGGUUCCAUUGUCCCAGGCCCUGCCGUUGGCGCUUCCCCUGAAAUGAUUUCCGUUUCCGAUAACAUCAUUAUCGAGGUCAACACCAAGACGCCAUCUUUUGAAGGUAUCCACGAUAUCGACAUGCCUGUAAAUCCACCAUUUAGACAACCUUACCCCCACACAUCAGCAGAUUAUAGAGUUGGUGUUACCUCGAUCCCCGUGGACCCAGAAAAAGUUGUUGCCAUUGUUGAAAGUACCAGCGGUGACAAGGUUCCUCCAAACACCCCUAGUGAUCAACAGUCUCGCGAGAUUGCCAACCAUUUGGUUGAGUUUCUAGAACACGAGGUUAAACAGGGUAGAUUGCCCGAGAACUUGCACCCUUUGCAAUCUGGUAUUGGCAACAUUGCCAAUGCCGUGGUUGAAGGCUUAGCCGGCUCCAAGUUUAAGAACUUGUCGGUGUGGACAGAGGUGUUGCAAGACUCGUUUUUGGACUUUUUCGAAAGUGGCUCGUUGGAUUUUGCCACGGCAACCUCGAUUAGAUUGACUGAAGACGGUUUCAAGAAGUUUUACGAGAACUGGGACACUUACUCCAAGAAGUUGUGUCUUCGAUCUCAAACGGUGUCCAACUCACCUGAAAUCAUUAGAAGAUUGGGUGUCAUUGCCAUGAACACGCCUGUUGAAGUUGACAUUUAUGGCCACGCAAACUCAACCAAUGUCAUGGGCUCGAGAAUGUUGAAUGGUUUGGGUGGCUCGGCCGAUUUCUUGAGAAAUGCCAAAUUGUCAAUCAUGCACACUCCUUCAGCCAGACCUUCCAAAACCGACCCCACUGGUGUCUCCUGUAUUGUGCCCAUGGCUCCACACAUUGACCAAACAGAACACGAUUUGGACGUUGUUGUUACCGAGCAAGGUCUUGCCGACUUGAGAGGAUUGGCUCCAAAGGCAAGAGCCCAAGUCAUUAUUGACAAAUGUGCUCACCCAGACUACCAAGCCCAAUUGCACGAUUAUUUGGAAAGAGCCAUCUUCUACAAUACAAAGAAGAAGUCAUUGCACGAGCCCCAGAUUCUCAGGGAUGUUUUCAAAAUGCACUUGAACUUCCAGGAUAACGGUACCAUGAAGUUGGACUCUUGGGAUCAAAAAUUCUAA